AUGGCUGAAAAUGAUCCGGCGACUGCUGCUCCACUCCAGGUUGAUGACGACGUGGAUUCCGCCAUCGGAGAUGAAUCUGACGCUUCGGACACAACAUCGCUUCGAAGCAGCAUCUUCAACUAUCAUUACGAGAACGGGCGGCGCUACCAUGCCUACCACGCAGGUUCUUAUUGGGGUCCUAACGACGAACAGGCAAUAGAGCAUCUCAACAUAGGACACCAUGUCUACAAUUUGCUACUCGGAGGACGGCUUUAUCUAGCACCAAUCAGCGAACAACCACAGCGUGUCCUUGACGUUGGCACCGGCACGGGAGCGUGGGCAACUGAUUUCGCUGACCAGCAUCCUACUGCCGUUGUGAUCGGGACUGACCUCUCGCCAAUUCAACCGACCUGGGUUCCCCAGAAUCUGUCGUUCGAGAUCAGUGAUUGUUGUGAGGAGUGGUCAUAUCAGAAGGACAGCUUCGAUUUUAUUCAUAUACGCGGCUUAUAUGGCAGUGUUGCCAACUGGUCUGCAUUCUAUGCGGAAGUGUACAAACAUGUUAAACCGGGGGGCUGGGUUGAGCAGGUCGAACAGGGCGUCGUGCCAAAAUCUUUUGAUGGCAGCACCGACGGCACAAUAUUCGAAGAAUGGGGCAAAGUUUCUCUUGAGGCAGGAGAUGCUUUUGGCAAGACACUUCGAAUUGUGGAUGAGUCGGCUCACUACAUGAAGGAAGCUGGGUUCGAAGAAGUUACCGAAGAGCGUUUUGCCAUGCCUGUUGGCCGCUGGCCGAAAGACAGGCGGCUUAAGGAGAUCGGACUCUUUAACCGCCUACAAUGGGAAGAAGGCAUUGAAGGUUGGACUAUGAUGCUUCUAACUCAGGUGCUGAAGGCAAUCAAACAACAAGUCAUAGACUUAAGCAGCAAUCCAGAGCACUUGAAGAUGUUGCCACAUUCCACGACGAUUUGGAACGAGCUUCUUCGACCCGAGUUGCAUCCCAAUGGUCGUGUACCGGAUCCUGGAAGUUUGUUCGAGGAGUCGCAAGCCCUUUUAUUUGGAGGAGCAGACACAAUCGGCAUGACGCUCAUGCAUGGCACCUUCCACAUUCUCAAGGAUGUAGAAGUUUACCAAAAACUGAAGGCAGAGCUGCAGCAGGCAUGGCCAGUCCUAGAGGAUGCUCCAUCUCAAGCGACCUUGGAGACAAUGCCUUACCUCAGUGCCGUGGUCAGAGAAUCGCUGAGAAUGAGCCCUGGAGUUGCAUCCCCACUCCCCCGAGUGGUUCCUGCUUCCGGGACCGAGCUAAACAAGGGAUUCAUACCAGGAGGUACUGUAGUAGAAAUGAGUAGCCACUUCAUACACCGAAAUGGCGAUAUUUUCGAGAGCCCGAAUGACUUCAAACCCGAACGAUGGCUAGGUCAGGCUGGAAGAGAUCUCGAAAAGUGGCUGGUUACCUUCUCUCGCGGCCCUCGAAGCUGUCUUGGAUCGAACUUGGCAUGGGCCGAACUGUACUUGACAUUCGCUCAUGUCUACCGAAAGUUCGAUAUCGAGAUUGAUCCAUCAAGUCCAAAGGAGCUGGUGUGGCGAGACUGUUUCUUGCCGGAAUAUCUGGGACCUCAUUUGAAAGCGAAGAUGAGACCAGUCAAAGAAUAA